AAAGUCGACUGAGCGAUAAGCCAAAAAUCGGCUUACCUAUCCCUAGUGUAUGCCACAAAAACAAAGAAAACAAGCCCAGGACAAAGAAGACAAAGGACACUAAAGGACUAAGUUGUAGUAAAGAAAAUAUCGACUUCUCGCACUAUCCACAUCAUUCAAUCGCGACUUACAGGCUGACAGGCAUCAUACAGUGCAUUGCCGAGUACCACGUUUUGUCGACAAUGAAUAAACGCAACAAUAUACGCUUGCCCCCGGAGGUGAAUAGACUUUUAUAUGUUCGAAAUCUACCUUACAAAAUAACAUCGGAGGAAAUGUACGAUAUUUUUGGAAAGUAUGGAGCGAUCAGACAGAUACGAGUGGGUAAUACUCCGGAAACACGAGGCACUGCUUUUGUUGUCUAUGAAGAUAUUUUUGAUGCAAAAAACGCUUGUGAUCACUUGUCUGGGUUUAAUGUCUGCAACCGAUACUUGGUCGUUUUGUACUACCAGUCCAAUAAAGCCUUUAAACGUUUGGAUGUGGACAAAAAACAGGACGAGUUAAACAACAUAAAAUCAAAAUAUAAUUUAAAAACUCCGGAGAAUGCAUAAUGUCGAAAGUAAAUCCCAUCUGACAUGUAGGUUCAUCAUAAAGUCACGAAUGCAGUUUUUGUGCAAAUACGAUUUCUAAAAUUUGGUAGUAAUUUUCUAGUUCUUUCGAGUUUCUAAAUCCCCAUGGAUAAACUACCUACUCAUUUUAAUUUUAUACCCUGUAAGGCUUUGGAUAUUAAAAUUUAUGUUGCUUUUUACACCAUCAUCAUCACUCUCAUUCUCAUAAUAAUAACAAGCCAAACGUAAAAUGUAUUAAAAAAAAAAUAUAAAAAAUUUUAAAAAUA